AUGAGCGCAAUAACUUCACUCACACCAAAUGGUAUUCAUAAAUGCUAUGAGUAGCCUGAAAAGUACAUCAACGAUGAGUUGGUAUUUCAAGUAAUUGAUGCCAAGUAUUUCAAGCCAGAAGAAAAGAAAAACUAAAUCAAGAGCAAGCUAAAAAUUUCAGAUGGUCACUACUAUAUUUAAGUCAUGCAAACUGAUAAAUCACAUGAUAAUAUGGUAAUUCAUAUCUUUAUCUAACCUUUAAACGAUAGCAAUAAGAGUUCACUCAGCAUUCUGUGUUUAAAAUUCUAGGGAAAUGCUUAACUAAAAAUAACAUCUAAGGGACAAAGUAACUAACUAAGUGAAAAUUUAACUUAUUGCAGGAUAUUUGUGAUGAAAGGCCCCGCAACAAUCAUCUAUACUGGCUUAAAAAGAGUCAUUGGAACUCCAACUGAAUAUACUAAGUCCUACUAGGAAAAUUCUAAAGGAAGUGGAAUUGAUAUUAAAAUUCCAAUCAAUGAGACCGACUAAAAGUUUAAUGAUGAUUUGAAUACUGGAAAUUCUGUCAGAAACUCAAACAUUAACAUUUAAGAGAAUUUCAACAGAAUGGGUAUUCAGUCUCCCAUCGGUAACCAUAGGUAGGAUAAUUCUAGCACUAACAACUAGAGAAUGAUGCCGCAAAGUGUAAUUGGGUAAACAAGAUUCUCAAACGAAGAAUAACCUGAAAAUUAGGGGAAAAGAAUGAGCUCAAUGAUGGAGAUGUACACCCCAGUAAGAUGCCUCAACAACUUUAGCACUGAUUGGAAGAUAAGAGCUAGAGUGACAAAGAAGGGAGACAAGAAAGUUUGGAGAAAUAACAAAGGAGAAGGAGUUCUCAUGAAUUGUGAUCUUAUUGACAAAGAAGGAUGCCAAAUAUAAUGCACAUUCUUUGGAGAGGCAGCUGAGAAGUUUGACAAAAUCUUGAAAGAGAAUCAUGUUUUUCUGUUCUCAAAUGGUUAGGUCAAGCUGGCAAAUAAGAAAUAUACCUCAAUCACUAAUGAUCACUGUUUGACCUUUGAUUAAAAUGCAGAAAUUGUGGAAGUCGAUGAUGACUCAUAGAUAAAAUAAUAAGGAUUCUCAUUUAUAGCACUUAAAGAGAUUGAAUAAAAGAUGCAAAACUAAGCUAUUGAUGCAAUCGGAGUAAUAGUUGAGACUGGUCCAACUAAUAGCAUUCCUCUUAAACAAGGUGGAAAUAAAGAAAGGAAAAAUGUACUGAUUGCUGAUGAGAGUGGAAUGAAAAUUUAAUGCAGUUUAUGGGGUUCUCUUUGCAAUCUAUACUCCUAUGAUGUAGGUUCAAUUCUGGGAAUAAAAAACUCUAGAGUUUCUGACUAUGGCGGUAAGAGUUUGAAUUGUGGUGAUGAUCAUUCCACACUUUACAUCAAUCCAAGGCACAAGAGAACAGAUCAAUUAAUGAAUUGGUAUACAAAAUUAGGCAGUUCUGCUAAUCUAUAAAAUCUUUCAGGGGCAGCUAGUGGAGAAGGAGGAAACAGAGAUAAUUACAGAUUAAUGAGAGAAGCUUUAGAAUAGCUUAAAACUGAUAAUGCAUUUAUUAAUGGUCAAGUGUAAUCUGUUUACUUUAAAACAAGCGGACACAUUCCAAGAAUUUUGUAUGAUGAUAGCAGAAUGAUGUACUUCGUUGGAUGUCCUGAAUGCAAAAAGAAAUGCUAGCCAGAUGGUGCAUAAUACAAAUGUGAGAAUUGUAAUAAGUAUUAUAAUCAGAACGAAGUGAGACUUACUUAUACUAUCACUGCCAGGUUUGAUGAUUUAUCUGAUGGUACAUUUGUUUCAUUCUUGAGUGAAUCCGCUGAAACCGUUAUGGGCCAAACUGCUUUGGAAUUCAGUAAAAUCAGAGACAAUCAAAGUUACUCCCUUGAUUACAUUCGAGAUAUGCUUAAUGAAAGAAGCUUUUAGUCCGUGUCCUUAGUUGUAAAAGCUACUAUUGACAACUACAACAAUAACAGUGAAGAGCUCAAAUUCAAAUUUAAUGCAGCAAGAUGUUCCCCAAUAGAUCUGAAAGAUGAAAAUUAGAUGCUGUUAAGAAGACUCAAAAUGUAUGAGAACAAGUAGUCAAUGUUCUGA